AUGGACGACUGCUCCUCUGCCUCCUCUGCCAUGCCGACGACGGCGUCCCACGUUUCUGGCGUCACCAUCCACAUCCCGGCUGUUCCUGUCAUCGAGCUCACGCUCCUCGUUAUUGCAGCACUGCUGUGGCGCUUGCUCGUUGCGGUGCACGCGGGACUGGCGAUGCUCCAUGCGUUGCAGGCAGAGAAGAUUCCCCACUCCGGCGUGCCGUCCGCGGAGAAAGGCAGCCCCCCGCCACCGCCGCACCUCUCGCGCCAGCUCUCUCGCGAGCGGCUCCGAGGCGGCACGCCUGUGCCGCCUCCGUCUCCCCGCGGCGAAGGGGAGCCAAACAUGCUGGCCGACGCGCGGCCGCUGCGAAUUUCGGCCGGCCACUUUGGCAAGUGCUUGAGCGGCGAUGCCGACGUCGACGUCGCCUUAUUCAUAGCAGCCUGCCAGGCGUGCAGUCACAGUGCGGACGAA